UCCUGGACAUACACCCCUCAGAGCUUCAGUGGAGAGCAGAGCGGAUGUCCCAAAGCUCACAGGGUCCCGGUCGGGGUGGUCCUCCCCCUCUGAGGAACUACCUGUGCUUCACCAUGGUCACCUGCUUCUGCCCUGCAUGGCCCAUCAACAUUGUGGCACUGGUCUUUUCUGUCAUGGCCCAGAGGAGCUAUGAUGAACAGGACUUCGAAGGGUCCCAGCGUUUGGGGAGGAAAGCUCUGCACCUGGGCAUUGUGUCUCUGGUGAUCGGGCUGGCAAUUAUAACUGCUUACAUCAUUGUGCACUUUACAGCGAAUAUGGUCUAACCAUCUGAAAAGAAGACCUAUUUCUAAUUGUUAAGGGAACUUUGUACUGCG